AUGUCGGCAUCUCAGCAGCAGCCAAGCAGGCCCUACUUCCACAACGGCCAAGCUCUUGCAGCUCCACCAACCACCGUGCGCAUCCGCAACUUCUUCGACAACGCCUAUGUCUUCCUCGGCCUAUACCUGACCACCUUCUUCUCCUUCGAUCCUGCUGCUGCGGCUGCUUCGUCGCCGUUCAACGCGAACAACAGGCCUCCUGGCAAAAGACCUGGUUGGGGCUUUGGAGGUGGCAAUGGAGGUAGAGGUGGCGGUCCUCCUCCUGGUGGACGCAAGGUUGGCAGAGUCGACGAUGUGAGAGGUCCAGAGUGUAAAUCAUGCAAGUGA